AUGGCAGCCAUAGAUAUGUUCAAUAGCAGCACAGACCUCUCAGAUCCUUUCAAAGAAGAGCUCAUGAAAGUACUUAAACCGUUUACAAACACUGUUUCUUCUCUUCCUCCGAUUCCAAACGCAAUCUUCGGUUUCAAUCAAACCACACCUCUCGGUCUAAACCAGCUCACACCUUACCAAAUCCACCAGAUCCAAAACCAGCUUAACCAGAGACGCAACACCAACAUCUCCAAUCUCUCCCCAAAGCCAGUCCCAAUGAAGAACAUGACGGCUCAGAAACUCUACAGAGGAGUUAGACAAAGACACUGGGGAAAGUGGGUUGCUGAGAUCCGUUUACCCAAGAACCGGACCCGAUUAUGGCUUGGAACUUUCGACACAGCUGAAGAAGCAGCCAUGGCUUAUGAUCAAGCUGCUUACAAGCUUCGAGGCGAACUAGCGAGGCUUAAUUUCCCACACAACAGACACGAGUAUGGAUACGGAGGUGGUGAUAACAGCUUUAAGCCUCUUCAUCCAUCUGUUGAAGCAAAGCUCGAAGCGAUUUGUCAGAGCUUGAGUAAAACAGAGGACGACGAUCUCCCCUGUUCUGAAACAGAGCUUCUCCCGCCAAAAACAGAGUAUCAAGAAAGUGAAUUCGGGUUUUUGAGAUCUGAUGAGAAAUGGUUUUCGGAUGAGUCUCAGGUGGGAUCUUCGUCCCCGGAAUCGGGUAUCGGUACGUUCUUGGACUUUUCGGAUUCUGGGUUUGAUGAGAUCGGGAGUUUCGUGCUGGAGAAGUUUCCUUCUGUGGAGAUUGAUUGGGAUGCGAUUAGCAAAUUGUCCGAAUCUUAA